GCGCUCCCCUGGAUUGCGCUCCAGGCCUGGGCGCGCCCGGCCGCCGCCGCCUUCGCUGCCGCCGCGGGCACGUCUUCCUCCUCCUUCGGCUCCUAGGAUCACUUCUCCCUGGGCUCCCAGGCCCUCCUGCAGCAGCUCCCACCUGGGCCAUGUCUUCCUCAGAUGAAGAGACGCUCAGUGAGCGGUCAUGUCGGAGUGAGCGGUCGUGUCGGAGUGAGCGAUCUUACAGGAGCGAGCGGUCAGGGAGCCUGUCUCCUUGUCCCCCAGGGGACACCUUGCCCUGGAACCUGCCACUGCAUGAGCAGAAAAAGCGGAAAAGCCAGGAUUCGGUGCUGGACCCUGCAGAGCGUGCUGUGGUCAGAGUUGCUGAUGAACGGGACCGGGUUCAGAAGAAAACAUUCACCAAGUGGGUGAACAAGCACUUGAUGAAGGUCCGCAAGCACAUCAAUGAUCUUUAUGAAGAUCUGCGGGAUGGCCAUAACCUGAUCUCUCUGUUGGAGGUCCUCUCGGGCAUCAAAUUGCCUCGGGAAAAAGGCAGGAUGCGUUUUCAUAGGCUGCAGAAUGUGCAGAUUGCCCUGGACUUCCUAAAGCAGCGACAGGUGAAACUAGUGAAUAUUCGCAAUGAUGACAUCACAGAUGGCAACCCCAAGUUGACCCUGGGUCUGAUCUGGACCAUUAUUUUGCAUUUCCAGAUCUCUGACAUCUACAUUAGUGGAGAAUCAGGGGACAUGUCAGCCAAGGAGAAGCUACUCCUGUGGACCCAGAAGGUGACAGCUGGUUACACAGGAAUCAAAUGCACCAACUUUUCCUCCUGCUGGAGUGAUGGGAAGAUGUUCAAUGCACUUAUUCACCGAUACCGACCUGAUCUGGUAGACAUGGAGAGGGUGCAAAUCCAAAGUAACCGAGAGAAUCUGGAACAGGCUUUCGAAGUGGCAGAAAGACUGGGAGUUACUCGUCUGCUAGAUGCAGAAGAUGUGGAUGUGCCAUCUCCAGAUGAAAAGUCUGUAAUCACUUACGUGUCUUCGAUUUACGAUGCCUUCCCUAAAGUCCCUGAGGGUGGAGAAGGGAUCAGUGCUACGGAAGUGGACUCCAGGUGGCAAGAAUACCAAAGCCGAGUGGACUCCCUCAUUCCCUGGAUCAAACAGCAUACAAUACUGAUGUCAGAUAAAUCUUUUCCCCAAAACCCCGUUGAACUAAAGGCACUUUAUAACCAAUACAUACACUUCAAAGAAACAGAAAUUCUGGCCAAGGAGAGAGAAAAAGGAAGAAUUGAGGAAUUAUAUAAAUUACUAGAGGUGUGGAUUGAAUUUGGCCGAAUUAAAUUGCCUCAAGGUUAUCACCCCAAUGAUGUGGAAGAAGAGUGGGGAAAGCUCAUCAUAGAGAUGCUGGAACGAGAGAAAUCACUUCGGCCAGCUGUGGAGAGGCUGGAAUUGCUGCUACAGAUUGCAAACAAAAUCCAGAAUGGUGCUUUGAACUGUGAAGAAAAACUGACACUAGCUAAGAAUACACUGCAGGCUGAUGCUGCUCACCUGGAAUCAGGACAACCAGUACAAUGUGAGUCAGAUGUCAUCAUGUAUAUUCAGGAGUGUGAAGGUCUCAUCAGGCAGCUGCAAGUGGAUCUCCAGAUCCUGCGGGAUGAAAAUUACUACCAGCUAGAAGAGCUGGCUUUUAGGGUCAUGCGCCUGCAGGAUGAGCUGGUCACCUUGCGUCUAGAGUGUACAAACCUGUACCGGAAGGGCCAUUUCACUUCACUUGAAUUGGUUCCACCCUCUGCUUUAACCACUACUCAUCUGCAAGCAGAACCCUUAACCAAGGCAACCCAUUCUUCCUCUACCUCCUGGUUCCGAAAGCCUAUGACUCGGGUUGAACUUGUGGCUAUCAGCUCCUCUGAAGAUGAAGGCAAUCUCCGAUUUGUGUAUGAACUACUGUCUUGGGUAGAAGAGAUGCAGAUGAAACUGGAGCGAGCAGAGUGGGGCAAUGACCUGCCUAGUGUGGAGUUGCAGCUAGAAACACAGCAGCACAUCCAUACCAGUGUAGAAGAGCUGGGCUCAAGUGUCAAGGAGGCCAGGUUGUAUGAGGGAAAGAUGUCCCAAAAUUUCCGUACCAGCUAUGCUGAAACUCUUGGAAAGCUGGAGACACAGUAUUGUAAAUUGAAGGAAACUUCUAGCUUCCGGAUGAGGCACCUUCAGAGCCUGCAUAAAUUUGUUUCCAGAGCUACAGCUGAGUUGAUCUGGUUAAAUGAGAAGGAGGAGGAGGAACUGGCAUAUGACUGGAGUGACAACAAUCCCAAUAUCUCAGCCAAGAGAAAUUACUUCUCUGAGUUGACAAUGGAACUGGAGGAGAAACAGGAUGUGUUUCGUUCUCUACAAGAUACAGCAGAACUACUUUCACUUGAGAACCACCCAGCCAAGCAGACAGUGGAGGCUUACAGUGCUGCUGUCCAGUCUCAGUUGCAGUGGAUGAAGCAGCUGUGCCUAUGUGUUGAGCAGCAUGUGAAAGAGAAUACUGCUUAUUUUCAGUUCUUCAGUGAUGCCCGAGAACUGGAGUCAUUCUUGAGGAACCUCCAAGAUUCCAUUAAACGAAAAUAUUCCUGUGACCACAACACCAGUUUAUCCCGCCUUGAAGACCUGCUCCAGGACUCCAUGGAUGAAAAGGAACAGCUUAUACAGUCCAAGAGUUCUGUUGCCAGUCUUGUUGGGAGAUCAAAAACUGUUGUGCAGCUAAAACCACGCAGUCCAGACCAUGUGUUAAAGAGCACCAUUUCUGUUAAGGCCAUCUGUGACUAUCGGCAGAUUGAGAUUACUAUUUGCAAGAAUGAUGAAUGUGUGCUAGAAGAUAAUUCUCAGCGGACCAAAUGGAAAGUGAUCAGCCCCACAGGGAAUGAGGCAAUGGUGCCAUCAGUCUGCUUCCUCAUUCCCCCACCCAAUAAGGAUGCCAUUGAGAUGGCCAGCAGGGUCGAACAGUCUUACCAGAAGGUGAUGGCCCUUUGGCACCAGCUACAUGUUAACACCAAAAGCCUUAUUUCUUGGAACUAUCUUCGUAAAGACCUUGACCUUGUACAGACCUGGAACCUGGAAAAGCUUCGAUCUUCAGCACCAGGGGAGUGCCAUCAGAUUAUGAAGAACCUUCAGGGCCACUUUGAAGACUUUCUGCAGGAUAGUCGUGACUCUGUGCUGUUCUCAGUGGCUGAUCGCUUGCGCUUGGAAGAGGAGGUAGAAGCUUGUAAAGCCCGCUUCCAGCACCUGAUGACGUCCAUGGAGAAUGAGGAUAAAGAGGAGACUGUGGCCAAAAUGUACAUUUCAGAGUUGAAGAAUAUCCGGCUACGCCUGGAGGAGUAUGAACAGAGGGUGAUCAAACGAAUUCAGUCUCUAGCGAGCUCUAGGACUGACAAAGAUGCCCGGCAGGACAAUGCAUUAAGGAUUGCAGAGCAAGAGCACACCCAGAAGGAUUUACAGCAACUGAGGUCAGAUGUGGAUGCAGUUUCUAUGAAGUGUGACAGCUUUCUCCAUCAGUCUCCAUCUAGUUCAAGUGUCCCCACUCUGCGCUCAGAACUGAAUCUGCUGGUGGAGAAGAUGGACCAUGUCUAUGGUCUCUCCACUGUCUAUCUGAAUAAGUUAAAGACAAUUGAUGUUAUAGUACGUAGCAUACAGGAUGCUGAACUCUUAGUCAAAGGUUAUGAGAUUAAGCUCAGUCAAGAAGAAGCAGUACCAGCAGACGUCUCAGCUCUGGAGGCCCAUCGGUCGACAUUAAGGCACUGGCUUAGUGAUGUGAAGGACAAGAAUUCAGUGUUUUCAGUCUUGGAUGAGGAAAUUGCCAAGGCCAAGGCAGUGGCAGAACAGAUGAGUCGUCUGACAUCAGAGCGAAACCUGGAUUUGGAGCGCUAUCAGGAAAAAGGCUCCCAGCUGCAGGAACGUUGGCACCGAGUCAUUGCCCAGCUCGAGAUUCGCCAAUCUGAGCUAGAAGGAAUCCAGGAAGUCCUGGGAGAUUACCGAGCCUGCCAUGGAACGCUCAUCAAAUGGAUUGAGGAAACCACCACUCAGCAGGAAAUGAUGAAGCCAGGCCAGGCAGAGGAUAGCAGAGUGCUUUCAGAGCAGCUCAGCCAGCAGACAGAUCUAUUUGCAGAAAUUGAGAGAAAUCAGACAAAACUGGAUCAAUGUCAAAAAUUUUCCCAGCAGUACUCUACUAUUGUAAAGGACUAUGAACUGCAACUGAUGACAUACAAGGCCUUUGUGGAAUCACAACAGAAAUCCCCUGGCAAGCGCCGUCGCAUGCUUUCCUCUUCGGAUGCCAUCACUCAAGAGUUCAUGGACUUAAGGACUCGCUACACGGCAUUGGUGACUUUAACAACUCAGCAUGUGAAAUAUAUCAGUGAUGCUCUCCGGCGUCUGGAGGAGGAGGAGAAAGUGGUAGAAGAGGAGAAACAAGAACAUGUGGAAAAGGUUAAAGAACUUUUGGGCUGGGUGUCUACCCUAGCGAGGAAUACACAAGGAAAAGCUACCUCAUCCCAGACCAAAGAAUCAACAGACAUUGAAAAAGCUAUUUUGGAACAGCAGGUUCUGGCAGAAGAGCUGACAACCAAGAGAGAACAAGUGUCUGAAGCUAUUAAAACAUCGCAGAUAUUCUUGGCCAAGCAUGGUCAUAAGCUCUCAGAAAAAGAGAAGGAACAAAUAUCUGAUCAAUUGAAUGCCCUAAACAAGGCUUACCAUGACCUUUGUGAUGGUUCUGCAAAUCAGCUUCAGCAGCUCCAAAGUCAAUUGGCUCACCAGACAGAACAAAAGGAUUGCAGAGCAGUUGCUGGGGUGAUUGACCUAGGCACAGUGGAGAUAUUUCCCAUCUUCAAAGCCAUGCAAAAGGGCCUCCUUGACCAAGACACAGGCCGUGUACUCCUGGAGUCUCAGGUUAUCAUGUCUGGCCUCAUUGCCCCUGAGACCAGUGAAAACCUCUCUCUGGAGGAGGGCCUAGCCAGAAACCUCAUUAAUCCCCAGAUGUACCAGCAGCUCCGGGAGCUACAGGAUGCCCUGUCCUUAAUAAGCAGGCUUACUGAGAGUCAAGGCCCUCUUUCUGUGGUGGAAGCAAUUGAAAAGAGAAUAAUUAGUGAGAGAAUUGGACUGAAAAUCUUAGAAGCUCACCUGGCAACUGGAGGUUUCAGUCUUUCCCCUAGUGAAAACUGUGUUAACCUGGAAGAAGCUUUUCAUCAAGGCCUCAUUUCUGCAUGGCUUCAUUCAGUAUUAGAGUCUCAUCUUAGAACAUCCAAGAAUUUGAUAGACCCUAACACAGCUGAGAAAAUUGGUUUGCUGGAUCUGAUGCAGCGAUGUAUUAUCCACCAGGAAUCAGGAUUCAAAUUGCUGCCUGUCAAACAAUUGGCAGGGGGGAUGGUCAGCUUGAAAUCAGGCCGGAAGGUUAGCAUUUUCCGUGCAGUUCAGGAAGGGCUAAUAGAUAGGCAGGUCACUGUCCGGUUACUGGAAGCUCAACUUUUUGCUGGUGGCAUAGUAGAUCCAAGAACAGGACAUAGACUUACAGUGGAAGAGGCUGUAAGAUAUAAUUUGAUUGACCAAGAUAUGGCCUGUGCUACCCUCAUAAGGCAGCUUCAGACAGGAGGCAUCAUAGACACUGUCACUGGGCAAAGGCUAACAAUAGAUGAAGCAGUGAGCAAUGAUCUAGUAGCUGCCAAGAUUGCCCUUGUGAUUCUGGAGUCUCUCUGGUCAUUCAUGGGGUUGCUGUGGCCUGAAUCUGGGGAGAUCCUCCCAAUUACAGAUGCCCUAGAACAAGGUAUAGUGUCUACUGAACUAGCACGUAAAAUCCUUAGUAACCGACAGCAUAUUAAGGCUCUAUUUCUACCAGCAACCACCGAGAUUUUGUCCUGGAAGAAAGCAAUAGAAAGUGGUAUACUGGACAGAGAUCUUGCCAAUAACUUAAAAUUGAUUUGUAUACCUGAUGUGAUGCCCAACAUGCAACUGGCAGACUCUGCAGAACGAAAUAUUAAUCCUGGAACAGCAGUUCUACCAUGCGACAAGAGCCAGUCUAAGGGCAUAGCAAGCCAGAGUGAGAGUCUGUUGUUCCAGCUGAUGACUCACAGCUAUAUUAAUGUGCAAAAUGGACAGAGGCUGCUUCUGUUAGAUGAAGAGCUGAUGGAGACAUUAACAUACAGAGUUGAGUAUCAAACAAGUCUUCCAAAAGUGGUAAAAGUGGUUGAAAUUGGACAUCAAAGGCAAAACACUCCUGAGGGAUUGCGAGAAUCAGCUAAUGUGAAAAUCUCAGGAACUUUCAGCGAUGGGUGGACUGUGAGGCUGCCUGAGUUCCAGUUUUCUUCUCAGAACAAAGAAUACCCCAGUCAGGAAGAUUGCACUACAGAAGAAGGCAAAAAGACCACUGUAGAAGCAGAAGGUUCUUCUUUAGAGAACCUUGAGCAGGAUCUGUUUGUAGGAGAACAAAGGGAGAAAAAUACAAAUGUUGACAUUUUGAAAGUAAUAAAUAAAGACAAAUUAGAGGUACAAAGGCAGUUGAUAGGUACCAAAAGGGAAGACCAAACAGCAGUAUCUAUCAGAGAAAAUGUCAGCAGGGGACCCCUCCUGACCGUACCUCCUGAGGAGGCAGAAGGUGUGCUUUUGGUGGUUGACAAAGAUCUUUUUUCUGUUGAAACACCAAAGAAAGAACAUCAACAUCAACCUCUCAGAAAUACUUCCUUUAUGUAUCAGAAUGAACAAGCACACACUCUUGAGACUGAAUAUAUUCAUGAUGAAACUGGAGGAUCUCACAUUAAACCCCAAAGCAAAAAGCCACAAGUUCAGGUAAAGAAAACUCUAGGUAUAAAAUUAGAACUAAAGCCUGAAACUGAUGUGAGUGUUCACCCUCUGGACAAAAAGAAAAUGUUAAAGAAAACAUUUUUGGCUAGGGAUGACCAUAAACAAAGUCAAGAAGCACAAAACAUUGCAGGUGGUAGUGUAAUGAUGUUGGAAAAGACCGAUGAGGAGGAUAAUGGCAGGGAAACUUCCCUGUCAUGCAGUCAUCCAUCAGAAUUGCUUGAAGAAGCUACCUUGAAUGUAUUAUCUGCACAGUUACUAGAUGGUGGUAUUUUUCAUGAACAGACAGGUCGGAAGCUCUUACUAAAUGAAGCAAUAGCCCAAGGCAUUGUGCCAAGCCACACUGCUGUGAAGCUUAUGGAGAAGCUGAACAUGUUUCAUGGGUUCUUUGACUCUCAGACCUGUGAGUCUCUGACAACUGAAGAAGUCAUUGAUGAAGGUCUGAUGGAUGAGAAAUUAUUACAUAAUGUCCUCAUGGCAGACAAAGCUAUAAGCGGUGUCUUAGACCCUCGUACCCACACACUAUGCUCUGUAAAGGAUGCAGUUACACUUGGACUUCUUGACAAAGAAACAGCCACCAGAAUUUUAGAGAGGCAGGUGGUGACUGGUGGAAUUAUUGAUCUGAAACGAGGCAAAAAAGUUUCAGUAACUUUGGCCUCAACUCUUGGCUUGGUGGACAUUGCUGACCAGCCAGAGCUUAUAAAUCUAGAGAAAGCUUCCAAAGGUAGAGAUUCUGAAAAAACAGUUAGGGAGAGAUUAAUUAGUUUACAAAUGGAAACAACAGGACUUAUAGACCCUGUUAGUAAAGCCCCCUUAACAGUUGUGCAGUCCAUCGACAGAGGUCUUUUGGAGAGAGAGGAGGCCAUUCGUUUGUUGUCUAAGCAGGUGUUAGAUGGAGGUAUCAUUCACCCUAUAUCUGGGAUGAGACUUUCUGUUGAUAAUGCCUUCAGACAUGGCUUAAUUGGUGAAGAUUUAGCCAAGAAUCUUAAAAAAGUUGAGAACUUAAAAAUCCAUCAGUUUUUUAAUCCUGAAACAAAGGAAACUGUUUCCCUCCCUAAAGCCAUAGAAUUAGAUCUUAUUACUCCAGACUUGAAAAGUGAAAUCCAGGAGGUUCAGGCUUUUACUGGAAACUUUGUGGAUCUCAUUUCUGGUCAGAGGCUGACCUUGGCAGAAGCUAAAAAAGAAGGACUGUUAGCUCAUGAAGCAGUAUUGUCUCCAGGAAUGAUGCAUGGCAUCGUAGAUCCCGAGAACUGCAGAGUUGUCCCCUACUCAGAAUUAGUCAAGAAAUGUAAGAUUGAUAUUGAAUCUGGACAGAGAUACCUCGAAAUAAUUCCCUUCUCAGACAUUAAAGAUGGGGUGAGCAACAAAGUACUUACACUGUCUGAAGCAAUUCAACUUGGAAAAGUAGACUUUGCAUCUACACUGAAGGUUCUGGAAGCCCAGGCAAAUACUGGUGGAAUCAUAGAUGCUGCUACCGGAAAAAGACUGACAUUGGCAUCAGCUUUGGAAGAGAAAGUGGUGGAUGAAAACAUGGUCAGAAUUAUUGCAUCGCAUCAGGUGUUAAAUGGAGGAAUUGUCGACAUAUUUAGUGAUCAGAGAGUGACUUUAGAGGAAGCUAUUGAGAAAAGAUUCAUCAGCUCUGAACUGGCAAAUAUGAUACAGAAAGAUACCUUAGAGUUCAGUGAUCACAGGGCUCAGAUUGAAAAGCAAGAGGGGAUUGAAGUGUGUGCAUUACAGAAUGAAUUCCUAAGAAAGGAUCUGUUAAUUGCUUGUAAUCGGACUGCUGAAAUGAGUUGUAAUAAAGGAGAAGAGAGUGAGAGAUUACUUCAAAUUGAAAAUCAUUCUGCACAAGAAAAGGUUAAAGUGAGAGUUUCUGAUGGGGAGCAGGCAAAAAAGAGCAGGGAAAUUUCCUUACAGGAAUUUGGGUGCAAACAUCAACAUAAGCCAAGAAUGUCUCCAGAUGUUAAAGAAUUUAUCAGUAUCAUAAAUCCUUAUAAUCUUGAAGGAAAAUCCUUGGGCCAAGUGUCACUGACACACCCUUACUCCGAAGUUGGUGAUUUUAAACUCAAAGAAGUGUCUAGAAAUAACAUGGGAAAGGAUACAAAUGAAGAGCAGGAAAAAGCAGUGACACAAAUAGAAAUUAUCUCUCAUAUGAAGCAGUCUACCUCAUGCCUAGAUUCUAAAGAAAUAAGAGAAAAUCAAGGGGAAGUGAUUUUGGAAGUCGAAGAAUCAUAUUGUGAAACAUCAGGCAAAUUGCUGAAUGAGCAGGUUUUGCAGCAACCAGUGAAUACCAGGGUGAAAAAUAAGAGAGAGAAGAGGGAAGUGAUUGUAGAAGAAAGUAUCAAAAUACACAAAUCAGUAGUUCUUUCUGAAGAAAAGUUGUAUAAGGAAACUGCCAUUAGAGAUGAGCAUGACUCCCAUAUAAAGAGUCAACCUAGGGAAAUGACCUCAAGUGAAAAACAGAAAGAAACUGAUAGAGAAAUGGGAUUUUCUGUUGCUUUCAGCACUGAAGACUCUUCUUCGCAGGUGGCACCUAAAGGAAUUUCUGGAAAACAUCAAGAUGCUGUAACACUCUUCAGCUCUAAACAGGCCAGUGAAGGGAAAAUAAACAAUUUAAGUGCCCGCUUGACUUUAAAACCAGAAGAAAACUUAUCUGAAGAAAUUGCUUGUGGGGCCCAGAGUGAACCAUUCUCUUCUGUGACCCCAAGACUUGAAGGAUUAUACUACCAGGAAUCAGAUGGAAAAGCCCAAGUAACAGAUGCAUCCCAAAUUUCCAAAACAGACAAGUCUUUCCAAGGAACUACCAGACAGGAGACCACCUAUCAUCAAGAUUCCUGUGCUACAUCUAAGACUAAGGAAACCAAACAUCUAAUUUCCCCAUCUAAUGAAUGUAAAGAAAAGUCAUACCAAGAAGUGUCUUUUGACUCAGUAAGAGGUCUUAAAUUGGAAGAAAUUACAGUUUCUAGACCAGAUUCAAAAGAAGUCAGUUAUCUUGAAUUCUCAGACAGAAAAGGCCUUCAUUAUCAGGGCAGCAAAAGUAAUGAUAAACUUUGUGGAACUCUCAAAUCUGAAACAGCAACACAGGAAGUAACUGCAGAGAAAUUUCUAGAAAGGGCAAACCCUAAAGUUACAGGUCCAAAAGUAGGAUCCGUUGAGGACAUAGGGACUCAGAGAGGUUCCAUAGUCUUGGGAUCCUUUCUUCCAGAGAAACUAUUCAAAGAUGGGUCUCAAAAAGAGAAUGCAGGGCAACAGAAUGCCAUCAUUAGUCCUACUGUUCCAGAGACCAGUGAAGAAAAGGCAGUAUCCCUAACAGUAUGCUGUACAGUGAAGACAGAAAAGACACCACAGGAAAAGCUUAGAGAAAGCCCUGACAGUGAACAAACUCCCUUCAUAACUGCACCUGGAGAAAAGGGAAAUGGAGAUGUAAACCCAGAGUCCUUCAGAGCAACUCAAAAUGUAUUUACCCGGCAACUCUGUUUAGAACAUGAUGAGAAGCUAGUAUCCUAUCUGUCUCUGUUACGGGACAUUGAAAUGAGGACGAAACAGAUUCAACCUUUGGAGCUAAACCUGGCAGAACUACAGGAUCUGCUAUGUCAGGCCAAGCUAUUAGACAGAGAGUUAAAGGAUCUGACCACCUUGGUCAAUCAGGAAUUGGAGUGUGUGAAUCAGAUUAUUGUCAGCCGGCCUCAAGAAGUCCCUGCUCAACUGUUGAAGGCUCUAGAGAAAGAUGCCAAGAAUCUUCAAAAGUCUCUCAGCUCUGUGAGUGACACUUGGAAUUCCAGGCUACUUCACUUCCAGAAUGCUAUGGAAGUAGAAAAGACUAAAGUGUUAAACCAGCACACACAGCUAGAAGACAGAAUUCAAGAUCUGAAAGCCUGGAUUGGCAAUACCAACCUUAUUCUGAACAGCAAGAGAUCCAGUGAAACAGAUGUUGACAGCCUGAACCACUGUCUCCAACAGUAUGAGGAUUUGAAACAGCCCAUGGCUGAAAGGAAAUCUCAGCUCGAUGCUCUUGCUUUUGAUGUUCAGUUCUUUAUCUCGGAACGUGCCCAGGACUUGUCUCUUCAGCAGAAUCGACAGAUGCUGAGGCUUCUGAAUGAACUGCAGAGGUCCUUCCAGGACAUUUUGGAACAGACUGCAGCUCAGGCGGAUGCCUUGCAGGGCCAUCUUCAACAAAUGGAGCAGGAAGCCCUGGUGAAGACCCUGCAGAAACAACAAAAUACCUGUCACCAGAAACUGGAGGAUCUUUGCAGUUGGGUAGGACAGGCAGAAAGAGCACUGGCAGGCCACCAAGGGAGAACCACUCAGCAGGAUCUCUCUGCUUUGCAGAAGAACCAAAGUGCCUUGAAGGAUUUACAGGAUGACAUUCAGAAUCAUGUCACCUCAUUUGCCACUGUUGUCAAGGACAUUGAGGGGUUCAUGGAAGAGAACCAGACCAAGCUGAGCCCACGUGAGUUGACAGCUCUUCGGGAAAAGCUUUGUCAGGCUAAGGAGCAAUAUGAGGCUCUCCAGGAACAGACACGGGUGGCCCAGAAGGAGCUGGAGGAAGCAGUGACCUCAGCCUUACAGCAGGAGACUGAAAAGAGUAAAGCAGCAAAGGAACUGGCAGAGAACAAGAAGAAGAUAGAUGCUCUCCUGGAAUGGGUAACUUCAGUAGGAUCAUCUGAUGGACAGCUACUGACCAACCUUACAGGAAUGGAACAGCUCUCGGGAGCUAGCUUGGAGAAAGGAGCCUUGGAUACCACUGAUGGUUACAUGGGGGUGAAUCAAGCCCCAGAGAAACUGGACAAGCAAUGUGAGAAGAUGAAGGCCCGUCACCAAGAAUUGCUGUCCCAGCAGCAAAAUUUCAUUCUGGCCACCCAGUCAGCUCAAGCCUUUCUGGACCAGCAUGGCCACAAUCUCACACCUGAGGAACAACAGAUGCUGCAAGAGAAGCUGGGAGAGCUAAAGGAGCAAUACUCUACUUCCCUGACCCAAUCAGAGGCAGAACUAAAGUGGAUGCAGACACUUCAGGAUGAGUUGCAGAAGUUUCUGCAGGAUCAUAGGGAGUUUGAAAGCUGGUUGGAACGAUCUGAGAAAGAGCUAGAGAACAUGCAUAAGGGAGGCAGCAGCCCUGAGGCCCUUCCCUCCCUGCUAAAACGGCAAGGAAGCUUCUCAGAGGAUGUCAUUUCCCACAAAGGAGACUUGAGAUUUGUGACUAUCUCAGGACAGAAAGUCUUGGACACGGAAAACAGUUUCAAGGAAGGCAAAGAACCAUCAGAAGUUGGAAAAUUAGUAAGGGACAAGUUGCAGGAUGCAACAGAAAGAUACACUGCUCUCCACUCAAAGUGUACACGAUUAGGAUCUCACCUGAAUAUGCUGUUGGGCCAGUAUCAUCAGUUCCAAAACAUUGCUGACAACCUGCAGGCCUGGAUGCAGACCUGCGAGGCCAAUGUGGAGAAGCUCCUCUCAGAUACUGUUGCCUCUGACCCUGGAGUUCUGCAACAGCAGCUUGCAACAACAAAGCAGUUACAGGAGGAAUUAGCUGAGCACCAAGUACCUGUAGAAAAACUCCAAAAAGUAGCCCAUGACAUAAUGGAAAUUGAAGGGGAGCCAGCCCCAGACCACAAGCAUGUUCAAGAAACUACAGAUUCCAUAUUCAGCCACUUCCAAAGCCUCUCUUAUAGCCUGGCUGAGCGAUCUGCUCUGCUGCAGAAAGCAAUUGCCCAAUCUCAGAGUGUCCAGGAAAGCUUGGAGACCCUAUUACAGUCUAUUGGGAAAGUUGAACAAAACCUGGAAGGGAACCAGGUGUCAUCACUCUCAUCAGGAGUCAUCCAGGAAGCCCUAGCCACAAAUAUGAAAUUGAAGCAGGACAUUGCUCGGCAGAAGAGCAGCUUGGAGGCUACCCGUGAGAUGGUGACCCGCUUCAUGGAGACAGCAGACAGUACCACAGCAGCAGUGCUGCAGGGCAAACUGGCAGAAGUGAGCCAACGGUUUGAGCAACUCUGUCUACAGCAGCAAGAAAAGGAGAGCUCCCUAAAGAAGCUUCUGCCCCAGGCAGAGAUGUUUGAACAUCUCUCUGAUAAGCUGCAACGGUUCAUGGAAGACAAAAAUCGGAUGCUGGCCUCUGGAAAUCAGCCAGAUCAAGAUAUUGCACAUUUCUUUCAACAGAUCCAGGAGCUCAAUUUGGAAAUGGAAGACCAACAGGAGAACCUAGAUGCUCUUGAGCACCUGGUCACUGAACUGAGCUCUUGUGGCUUUGCACUGGACCUGUCCCAGCAUCAGGAGAGGGUACAGAACCUCAGAAAAGACUUCACAGAGCUACAGAAGACAGUUAAAGAAAGAGAGAAAGAUGCAUCAUCUUGCCAGGAACAGUUGGAUGAAUUCCGGAAGCUGGUCAGGACCUUCCAGAAAUGGCUGAAAGAAGCUGAAGGGAGUAUUCCACCUACAGAGACUUCCAUGAGUGCUAAGGAGUUAAAAAAGCAGAUUGAACACCUGAAGAGUCUACUAGAUGACUGGGCAAGUAAGGGAACUCUGGUGGAAGAAAUCAAUUGCAAAGGUACUUCUUUAGAAAAUCUCAUCAUGGAAAUCACAGCACCUGAUUCCCAAGGCAAGACAGGUUCCAUACUGCCCUCUGUAGGAAGCUCUGUAGGCAGUGUAAACGGAUACCACACCUGCAAAGAUCUGACGGAGAUCCAGUGUGACAUGUCAGAUGUAAACUUGAAGUAUGAGAAACUGGGGGGAGUACUUCAUGAACGCCAGGAAAGCCUUCAGGCUGUUCUCAACAAAAUGGAGGAGGUUCAGAAGGAGGCAAACUCAGUGCUGCAGUGGCUGGAAUCAAAAGAGGAAGUCCUGAAAUCCAUGGAUGCCAUGUCAUCUCCAACCAAGACAGAAACAGUGAAAGCCCAAGCUGAAUCUAAUAAGGUCUUCCUGGCUGAAUUGGAACAGAAUUCUCCCAAAAUUCAAAAAGUAAAAGAAGCCCUGGCUGGAUUACUGGUCACAUAUCCCAACUCACAGGAAGCAGAAAAUUGGAAGAAAAUUCAAGAAGAACUCAAUUACCGAUGGGAAAGGGCCACUGAGGUGACUGUGGCUCGGCAAAGGCAGCUAGAGCAAUCUGCAAGUCAUCUGGCCUGCUUCCAGGCUGCAGAAUCCCAGCUCCGGCCAUGGCUGAUGGAGAAAGAACUAAUGAUGGGAGUACUGGGACCCCUGUCUAUUGACCCCAACAUGUUGAAUGCACAAAAGCAACAGGUCCAGUUUAUGCUGAAGGAGUUUGAAGCACGCAGGCAACAGCAUGAGCAACUGAAUGAAGCAGCUCAGGGCAUCCUCACAGGCCCUGGAGAUGUCUCUCUAUCCACCAGCCAAGUACAGAAAGAACUCCAGAGCAUCAAUCAGAAAUGGGUUGAGCUGACUGACAAACUCAACUCUCGUUCCAGCCAAAUUGACCAAGCUAUUGUUAAGAGCACCCAGUACCAGGAACUGUUGCAAGACUUAUCAGAGAAAGUAAAGGCAGUUGGACAACGGCUGAGUGGCCAGUCAGCUAUCAGCACCCAACCCGAGGCCGUAAAGCAGCAAUUGGAGGAGACCAGUGAAAUUCGAUCUGACUUGGAGCAGUUAGACCAGGAGGUUAAGGAGGCUCAGACAUUGUGUGAUGAACUCUCAGUACUCAUUGGUGAGCAGUACCUCAAGGAUGAACUGAAGAAGCGUUUGGAGACAGUUGCCCUGCCUCUCCAAGGUUUAGAAGACCUUGCAGCCGAUCGCAUGAACAGACUCCAGGCAGCUCUUGCCAGCACCCAGCAGUUCCAACAAAUGUUUGAUGAGCUGAGGACCUGGUUGGAUGAUAAACAAAGCCAGCAAACAAAAAACUGCCCAAUUUCUGCAAAAUUGGAGCGGCUACAGUCUCAGCUACAGGAGAAUGAAGAGUUUCAGAAAAGCCUUAAUCAACACAGUGGCUCCUAUGAGGUGAUUGUUGCUGAAGGGGAAUCUCUACUUCUUUCUGUGCCUCCUGGAGAAGAGAAAAGGACUCUACAAAACCAGUUGGUUGAUCUCAAAAACCACUGGGAAGAGCUUAGUAAAAAAACUGCAGACAGACAAUCCAGGCUCAAGGAUUGUAUGCAGAAAGCUCAGAAAUAUCAGUGGCAUGUGGAAGACCUUGUGCCAUGGAUAGAAGAUUGUAAAGCUAAGAUGUCUGAGUUGCGAGUCACUCUGGAUCCAGUGCAGCUAGAGUCCAGUCUCCUGAGAUCAAAGGCUAUGAUGAGUGAGGUGGAGAAGCGCCGCUCCCUGCUGGAAAUAGUAAAUAGUGCUGCUGACAUUCUGAUCAAUUCUUCAGAAGCAGAUGAGGAUGGAAUCCGGGAUGAGAAGGCUGGGAUCAACCAGAACAUGGAUGCUAUUACAGAAGAGCUGCAGGCCAGAACAGGGUCACUCGAAGAAAUGACUCAGAGGCUCAAGGAGUUCCAGGAAAGCUUUAAGAAUAUUGAAAAGAAGGUUGAAGGAGCCAAACACCAACUUGAGAUCUUUGAUGCUCUGGGCUCCCAAGCCUGUAGCAACAAGAACCUGGAGAAACUAAGAGCUCAACAGGAAGUGCUGCAGGCUCUAGAGCCUCAGGUAGAUUAUCUGAGGAACUUUACUCAAGGGCUGGUAGAAGAUGCCCCAGAUGGAUCUGAUGCUUCCCAACUUCUCCAUCAAGCUGAGGUCGCCCAGCAAGAGUUCCUCGAAGUUAAGCAAAGAGUGAACAGCAGUUGUGUGAUGAUGGAAAACAAGCUGGAGGGGAUUGGCCAGUUUCACUGCCGGGUCCGAGAGAUGUUUUCUCAAUUGGCAGACCUGGAUGAUGAGCUAGAUGGCAUGGGUGCUAUCGGCAGAGACACUGAUAGCCUCCAGUCCCAAAUCGAGGAUGUGCAGGUAUUCCUUAACAAAAUUCAGGUCCUCAAAUUAGACAUAGAGGCCUCUGAAGUGGAGUGUCGACAUAUGCUAGAAGAAGAGGGGACUCUGGACUUGUUAGGUCUCAAAAGGGAGCUAGAAGCCCUGAACAAACAGUGUGGCAAACUGACAGAGAGGGGGAAAGCUCGUCAGGAACAGCUGGAACUGACACUAGGCCGUGUAGAGGACUUCUACAGGAAAUUGAAAGGACUCAAUGAUGCGACCACAGCAGCAGAGGAGGCAGAGGCCCUCCAGUGGGUAGUGGGGACCGAAGUGGAAAUCAUCAACCAACAGUUAGCAGAUUUUAAAAUGUUUCAGAAAGAACAAGUGGAUCCUCUUCAAAUGAAAUUGCAGCAGGUGAAUGGACUUGGCCAGGGAUUAAUUCAGAGUGCAGGAAAAGACUGUGAUGUGCAGGGUUUAGAACAUGACAUGGAAGAGAUCAAUGCUCGUUGGAAUACAUUGAAUAAAAAGGUGGCACAAAGAAUUGCACAGCUACAGGAGGCCCUGUUGCAUUGUGGGAAGUUUCAAGAUGCCUUGGAGCCAUUGCUCAGCUGGUUGGCAGAUACCGAGGAGCUCAUAGCCAAUCAGAAACCUCCAUCUGCUGAGUAUAAAGUGGUGAAAGCACAGAUCCAAGAACAGAAGUUGCUCCAACGGCUCCUAGAUGAUCGGAAGGCCACUGUAGACAUGCUUCAAGCAGAAGGAGGCAGAAUAGCCCAGUCAGCAGAGGUUGCUGACAGAGAGAAAAUCACUGGACAGCUAGAGAGUCUUGAAAGCAGAUGGACUGAACUACUCAGUAAAGCAGCAACCAGGCAAAAACAGCUGGAAGACAUCCUGGUUCUGGCCAAACAGUUCCAUGAGACAGCUGAGCCUAUUUCUGACUUCUUAUCGGUCACAGAGAAAAAGCUUGCUAACUCAGAACCUGUUGGCACUCAGACUGCCAAAAUACAGCAGCAGAUUAUUCGGCACAAGGCUUUAAAUGAAGAAAUUGUUAAUAGAAAGAAGAAUGUAGAUCAAGCUAUUAAAAACGGUCAGGCUCUUCUAAAACAAACUACAGGUGAGGAGGUGUUACUUAUCCAGGAGAAACUAGAUGGAAUAAAGACUCGUUAUGCAGACAUCACAGUUACUAGCUCCAAGGCCCUCAGAACUUUAGAGCAAGCCCGGCAACUGGCCACCAAGUUCCAGUCUACUUACGAGGAACUGACAGGAUGGCUGAGGGAGGUGGAGGAGGAGCUGGCAGCCAGUGGAGGACAGUCUCCCACAGGGGAGCAGAUACCCCAGUUUCAGCAAAGACAGAAGGAAUUAAAGAAGGAGGUCAUGGAGCACAGGCUGGUGUUGGACACAGUGAAUGAGGUGAGCCAUGCUCUCUUAGAGCUGGUGCCCUGGAGAGCCAGAGAAGGGCUGGAUAAACUUGUGUCUGAUGCUAACGAGCAGUACAAACUAGUCAGUGACACUAUUGGACAAAGGGUGGAUGAAAUUGAUGCUGCUAUUCAGAGAUCACAACAGUAUGAGCAAGCUGCUGAUGCAGAACUAGCUUGGGUUGCUGAAACAAAACGGAAACUGAUGGCCCUGGGUCCAAUUCGCCUGGAACAGGACCAGACCACAGCUCAGCUUCAGGUACAGAAGGCUUUCUCCAUUGAUAUUAUUCGACACAAAGAUUCAAUGGAUGAACUCUUCAGUCACCGUGGUGAAAUCUUUGGCACUUGUGGGGAGGAGCAGAAAGCUGUAUUACAGGAAAAGACAGAGUCUCUAAUACAGCAAUAUGAAGCCAUUAGCCUACUCAAUUCAGAUCGUUAUGCCCGCCUAGAACGGGCCCAGGUCUUAGUAAACCAGUUUUGGGAAACUUACGAAGAGCUCAGUCCCUGGAUUGAGGAAACUCGGACACUAAUAGCACAGUUACCCCCUCCAGCCAUUGAUCAUGAGCAGCUCAGGCAGCAGCAAGAGGAAAUGAGGCAAUUAAGGGAAUCUAUUGCUGAACACAAACCUCAUAUUGACAAACUACUAAAGAUAGGCCCACAGCUAAAGGAAUUAAACCCCGAGGAAGGGAGAAUGGUGGAAGAAAAAUACCAGAAAGCAGAAAACAUGUAUGCCCAAAUAAAGGAAGAGGUGCGCCAGCGAGCCCUGGCUCUGGAUGAGGCCGUGUCCCAGUCUGCACAGAUUACAGAGUUUCAUGAUAAAAUUGAGCCUAUGUUGGAGACACUGGAGAAUCUUUCCUCUCGCCUGCGUAUGCCACCACUGAUCCCUGCUGAAGUAGACAAGAUCAGAGAGUGCAUCAGUGAAAAUAAGAGUGCCACCAUGGAGCUAGAAAAACUGCAGCCAUCCUUUGAGGCCUUGAAGCGCCGUGGAGAGGAGCUCAUUGGACGAUCUCAGGGAGCAGACAAGGAUCUGGCUGCAAAAGAAAUCCAGGAUAAAUUGGAUCAAAUGGUAUUCUUCUGGGAGGACAUCAAAGCUCGGGCUGAAGAGCGAGAAAUCAAAUUUCUUGAUGUCCUCGAAUUAGCAGAGAAGUUCUGGUAUGACAUGGCAGCUCUCUUGACCACCAUCAAAGACACCCAGGAUAUCGUCCAUGAUUUGGAAAGCCCAGGCAUUGAUCCAUCCAUCAUCAAACAACAGGUCGAAGCUGCUGAGACUAUUAAGGAAGAGACAGACGGUCUGCAUGAGGAACUGGAGUUUAUUCGGAUCCUUGGAGCAGAUUUGAUUUUUGCCUGUGGAGAAACUGAGAAGCCUGAAGUGAGGAAGAGCAUUGAUGAGAUGAAUAAUGCUUGGGAGAACUUAAACAAAACAUGGAAAGAGAGGCUAGAAAAACUUGAGGAUGCUAUGCAAGCUGCCGUGCAGUAUCAGGACACUCUUCAGGCUAUGUUUGACUGGCUAGAUAACACUGUGAUUAAACUGUGCACCAUGCCCCCUGUUGGCACUGACCUCAAUACUGUUAAAGAUCAGUUAAAUGAAAUGAAGGAGUUCAAAGUAGAAGUUUACCAACAGCAAAUUGAGAUGGAGAAGCUUAAUCACCAGGGUGAACUGAUGUUAAAGAAAGCUACUGAUGAGACGGACAGAGACAUUAUACGAGAACCACUGACAGAACUCAAACACCUCUGGGAGAACCUGGGUGAGAAAAUUGCCCACCGACAGCACAAACUAGAAGGUGCUCUCUUGGCCCUUGGCCAGUUCCAACAUGCCUUAGAGGAACUAAUGAGUUGGCUGACUCACACUGAAGAGUUGUUAGAUGCUCAGAGACCAAUAAGUGGAGACCCAAAAGUCAUUGAAGUUGAGCUCGCAAAACACCAUGUCUUAAAAAAUGAUGUUUUGGCUCAUCAAGCCACAGUGGAAACAGUCAACAAAGCUGGCAAUGAGCUUCUUGAAUCCAGUGCUGGAGAUGAUGCUAGCAGCUUAAGGAGCCGUUUGGAAACCAUGAACCAAUGCUGGGAGUCAGUGUUACAGAAAACAGAGGAGAGGGAGCAGCAGCUUCAGUCAACUCUGCAGCAGGCCCAAGGCUUCCACAGUGAAAUUGAAGAUUUCCUCUUGGAACUUACUAGAAUGGAAAGCCAGCUUUCUGCAUCUAAGCCCACAGGAGGACUUCCUGAAACUGCUAGAGAACAGCUUGAUACACAUAUGGAACUCUAUUCCCAACUGAAAGCCAAGGAAGAGACUUAUAAUCAACUACUUGACAAGGGCAGACUCAUGCUUCUAAGCCGUGACGACUCUGGGUCUGGCUCCAAGACAGAACAGAGUGUAGCACUUUUGGAGCAGAAGUGGCGUGUGGUCAGCAGUAAGAUGGAAGAAAGAAAGUCAAAGCUGGAAGAGGCCCUCAACUUGGCAACAGAAUUCCAGAAUUCCCUACAAGAAUUUAUCAACUGGCUCACUCUAGCAGAGCAAAGUUUAAACAUCGCUUCUCCACCAAGCCUGAUUCUAAAUACGGUCCUUUCGCAAAUAGAAGAGCACAAGGUUUUUGCUAAUGAAGUAAAUGCUCAUCGAGACCAGAUCAUUGAGCUGGAUCAAACUGGGAAUCAAUUAAAGUUCCUUAGCCAAAAACAGGAUGUUGUUCUGAUCAAGAAUUUGUUGGUUAGCGUGCAAUCUCGAUGGGAAAAGGUUGUCCAGCGAUCCAUUGAAAGGGGGCGAUCACUAGAUGAUGCCCGGAAGCGGGCAAAGCAAUUCCAUGAAGCUUGGAAAAAACUGAUUGACUGGCUAGAAGAUGCAGAGAGUCACCUGGACUCAGAACUAGAGAUAUCCAAUGACCCUGACAAAAUUAAACUUCAGCUUUCUAAGCAUAAGGAGUUUCAGAAAACUCUUGGUGGCAAGCAGCCUGUGUAUGAUACCACAAUUAGAACUGGCAGAGCACUGAAAGAAAAGACUUUGCUUUCUGAAGAUACUCAGAAACUUGACAAUUUCCUAGGAGAAGUCAGAGACAAAUGGGAUACUGUUUGUGGCAAGUCUGUGGAGCGGCAGCACAAGUUGGAGGAAGCCCUGCUCUUUUCUGGUCAGUUCAUGGAUGCUUUGCAGGCCUUGGUCGACUGGUUAUACAAGGUGGAGCCACAGCUGGCUGAGGACCAGCCCGUGCACGGGGACCUGGACCUCGUCAUGAAUCUCAUGGAUGCACACAAGGUUUUCCAGAAGGAACUGGGAAAGCGAACAGGAACUGUUCAGGUCCUAAAGCGGUCAGGGCGAGAGCUGAUUGAGAAUAGUCGAGAUGAUACUACUUGGGUAAAAGGGCAGCUCCAGGAACUGAGCACUCGCUGGGACACUGUCUGUAAACUCUCUGUUUCCAAACAAAGCCGGCUUGAGCAGGCCUUAAAACAGGCAGAAGAGUUUCGGGACACAGUCCACAUGCUGUUGGAGUGGCUUUCUGAAGCAGAGCAAACGCUUCGCUUUCGGGGAGCACUUCCCGAUGACACAGAGGCUCUGCAGACUCUCAUUGACACCCAUAAGGAAUUCAUGAAGAAAGUGGAAGAAAAGCGAGUGGAUGUUAACUCGGCAGUAGCCAUGGGAGAAGUCAUCCUGGCUGUCUGCCACCCUGAUUGCAUCACGACGAUCAAACACUGGAUCACCAUCAUCCGAGCUCGCUUUGAGGAGGUCCUCACAUGGGCCAAGCAGCACCAGCAGCGUCUUGAAACGGCUCUGUCAGAACUGGUGGCUAACGCUGAGCUCCUGGAAGAACUUCUGGCAUGGAUCCAGUGGGCUGAGACUACCCUCAUUCAGCGAGAUCAGGAACCAAUCCCGCAGAAUAUUGACCGAGUGAAAGCCCUUAUCGCUGAGCAUCAGACAUUUAUGGAGGAGAUGACUCGCAAACAGCCUGACGUGGACCGGGUCACCAAGACAUAUAAAAGGAAAAACAUAGAGCCUACUCACGCACCUUUCAUAGAGAAAUCUCGCAGCGGAGGCAGAAAAUCCUUAAGUCAGCCAACCCCUCCUCCCAUGCCAAUCCUUUCACAAUCUGAAGCAAAAAACCCACGGAUCAAUCAGCUUUCUGCCCGCUGGCAGCAGGUAUGGCUGUUAGCACUGGAGCGGCAGAGGAAGCUGAACGAUGCCUUGGAUCGGCUAGAGGAGCUGAAGGAAUUUGCUAACUUUGACUUUGAUGUCUGGAGGAAAAAGUAUAUGCGUUGGAUGAAUCACAAAAAGUCUCGAGUGAUGGAUUUCUUCCGGCGCAUUGAUAAGGACCAGGAUGGGAAGAUAACACGUCAGGAGUUUAUCGAUGGCAUUUUGGCAUCCAAGUUCCCCACCACCAAGUUAGAGAUGACUGCUGUGGCUGACAUUUUCGACCGAGAUGGGGAUGGCUACAUCGAUUAUUAUGAAUUUGUAGCUGCUCUUCAUCCCAACAAGGAUGCAUAUCGACCAACAACUGAUGCAGAUAAAAUUGAAGAUGAGGUUACAAGACAAGUGGCUCAGUGCAAAUGUGCAAAAAGGUUUCAGGUGGAGCAGAUUGGAGAGAAUAAAUACCGGUUUGGGGAUUCUCAGCAGUUGCGGCUGGUCCGUAUUCUGCGCAGCACCGUGAUGGUCCGUGUUGGUGGAGGAUGGAUGGCCUUGGAUGAAUUUUUAGUGAAAAAUGAUCCCUGCCGAGCACGAGGUAGAACUAACAUUGAACUUAGAGAGAAAUUCAUCCUACCAGAGGGGGCAUCCCAGGGAAUGACCCCCUUCCGCUCACGGGGUCGAAGGUCCAAACCAUCUUCCCGGGCAGCAUCCCCUACUCGUUCCAGUUCCAGUGCUAGUCAGAGUAACCACAGCUGUACAUCCAUGCCAUCUUCUCCAGCCACCCCAGCCAGUGGAACCAAGGUUAUCCCAUCAUCAGGUAGCAAGUUGAAACGACCAACACCAACUUUUCAUUCUAGUCGGACAUCUCUUGCUGGUGACACCAGCAAUAGUUCUUCCCCGGCCUCCACAGGUGCCAAAACUAAUCGGGCAGACCCUAAAAAGUCAGCCAGUCGCCCUGGGAGUCGGGCUGGGAGUCGAGCCGGGAGUCGAGCCAGCAGCCGGCGAGGAAGCGACGCCUCUGACUUUGACCUCUUAGAGACGCAGUCUGCUUGUUCUGACACUUCAGAAAGCAGCGCUGCAGGGGGCCAAGGCAACUCCAGGAGGGGGCUAAACAAACCUUCCAAAAUCCCAACCAUGUCUAAGAAGACCACCACUGCCUCCCCCAGGACUCCAGGUCCCAAGCGAUAACACUAUCCAAGCACCCCCAAGCCACUAUCUACUUUGAAUCCUGCUCCAUACAUUGGGUGUAUAUUUAUUCUGAACGGGAGAAGUUAUAUUGUUAAAAGUGUAAAAGAAUAAUUGUGUUAUGAAGCUGCCUUAUUUUUUUUUCUUUUUGUAAGUUACUAUUUUCAUGUGAAUAUUUAUGUAGAUAAAAUUUGCCUCCUGGUAACCCUGUAAUGGAUGGGGCCCAGAAAUGAAAUAUUUGAGAAAAACAAGUGAAAAGGUCAAGAUACAAAUGUGUAUUUAAGGAAAAAAAAAAAAAAAGCCUAUUAAUAGGGUUUUCUGCGCGGUGCAGGGUUGUAAACCUGCUUUAUCUUUUAGGAUUAUUCCUAAAUGCAUCUUCUUUAUAAACUUGACUUGCUAUCUCAGCAAGAUAAAUUAUAUUAAAAAAAAAAAAUCCUGCAGUGUUUAAGGAACUCUUUUUUUUGUAAAUCACAGACACCUCAAUUAGCAAAAACUGAAGGGAGGGCACUUAAAAUUGCUUUUUCCAUUGUUUAAUGUUGUGUGAUUUUUAGCUAAAGAGAGGGAACCUCAUCUAAGUAACAUUUGCACAUGAUACAGCAAAAGGAGUUCAUUGCAAUACUGUCUUUGGAUAUUGUUUCAGUACUGGGUGUUUAAAGGACAUUUAAAUAGCUGCUAGAAUUCAGGGGUAAAUGUAACUGUUCAGAAAACGUCAGAACAUUUGGGGUUUUAAACUGAUUUGUUGCUCCCUAUCCAGCCUAGACACCAGUAACUCUUGUGUUCACCAGGACCCAGACCCUUCACAAGGGAUAGGCUCCUUGGUGGCACUGUGAAUUACAGAUUUGUUUUAUCUACUUUUUUUUUGCUAUUUAUUUAAAUGGUCGAUCAACUUCCCAUAGACUGAGGAAUGAAUUCCACGAGCCUGUUCUGAAAAUUCGGACAUAAGACACACACUUGCCCGUCCUUUAAUGGAGUUCACCAGCACACUUGUUAACCAGUCCCGUUUGCUUUUGUCUUUUUUUGUGCGUAAUAAAGUCAACUGACCAAGUGACCAUGAAGAGGGGCUGUCUAGGGCUCCCGUUUUUUUUAGCUGCUGUUCUUCAGCUCCGACCAUGUUGCUGUGUGAUUAUCUCAAUUGGUUUUAAUUGAGGCAGAAACUGAAGCUCUACCAAUGAACUGUUUAAAAACAAGACACUUUUGUAUUAAAAUUGCUUGCAGUAACAAA